CCCUACUAUCGAUAUUAAUCUUCUGUAGAGGUAACAUUGCGCUUAAUUUAACAAUCAUCUCUAACUUAAAAGUAGCGGUACUUUCAAUUUUUGAAUUUACAAUGUGCGAUUCGGAUUAUGGUAUUUGUCCAUAUAAUAAAUCGCAUCGUAUCGUCCUAUUCAGAAUGCCCGGUCACAUAAUAAAGUGUAUGCGCAAGUACAAGGGGCCCCCAUUGAUAAUUUGCAAAUAUAAUGCAACCCAUCGCAUGCCAGCUGAGCAAAUGGAACAGCAUCUGGAAGAAUGUGCAGACUAUCAAAAAUUUAAUGCGUAUGAAAAUUUACAAAAAGCGCUGGAGGCACGUAAAUCGCCGCAACGUGCCUAGUAACCGAAAGCAACAUCUUUUGAUAUAAAAGAAACAGAAAGGAAGUACAAUUAUAGAAGAGUAAUGGUAAUUGCUUAUCAGUUACGAAUAUUUGAUAAAGGGCUCUUUUUAAUUGUUUCAAAUAUCUAGAAAGGAAACACUAUAUACAAGAAAUAGAUUGCCCGUUGCACUUAACCUUUCAGAAUAAAACACAAAUACUUAUAUACAGGUUCUAAACAUUA